CGCAAAUUUCCCCGGGCUUGGAUUAGUCUCACUCGUUUGGAAAGUAAAAAAAUCCAAGACGUUGAUCGAUGCAGAAAAUGAUCUAUUAGUUUUGUUAUUUUUCCGUUGAGCAAAAGUGAAAAGUUUGUGAGUUAUCGAAAUGAAUCCAGCACCUGUAACAUCGAGGCCAAUCGUUGGCGAUUCUACAAGUGGUGUAGCGACAUCUCUACCACCUCCUGCACCACCGGCUCCGCUAGUUCGUCCGCUCUAUGCUAAACCAAUAGUUGCACCCCAUAUUCAAGACCUACCAACUAAACCGCCUUUGCCACCAGGACAACAGUUUGCAACCUUCAAAACCCACCAAUAUCCAGUCAACACACCACCAGCGGUUUAUUACCAACCUGGACCACGUCAAAUAAUAAUGAGUCAGGAUGGGUCAGGAUUUCAGCGGCCGCCAAAUCCGUCUGCAUCACCGCAAAAUAUGCGUCCCAUCGCACCAUCGCCGAUGAAUCGACCGGGUGGUCCUGGGCCACGCCCGCCCGCACCGGGAUCACCUGCCCCUAGUCAGUACCCCAACAUGAGACCCCAAAUGCCAUCUCCACAACCCGGUAUGCAGCGUCCGAUCAUGAACCAGAAUAUGCGUCCAACUACUCCGCAGCAAGUUCGGGCUCCCAACAUGAUGCCACAGAAUGCCAGACCCCCAUUCUCACCACAGAAUUCUAUCGCGGGAAGCAAUCCCCAAAUAAGACCGGGACCACCGCCGGUUCGUCCUCCAGGAGUCGGUCCUCCAAUGAAUCAACCCGGGAUGAUUUCUAUGCAGCAGAAUCGUCCAGCACCAAUCCCUCAACAGAUCAUAAACAAUCGUCCUCCGGCGAUGCCUUUCAAAUCCCCUGUUCAGGGUUUAAAUCCCGGGGAGACUUACGAACGAGAGUCACCUGAAGCAUUAAGUCGAAUGCAAUCCGACCUUAGCAUUGGAAAAGUUGACAGUCCCAAGAGUAGUUAUUUAUCUACAGAUGACGAUGAAGACGUUGUUAUUGGCAAGAUAACUCCUUUGGCUUCGUCAAGAUCCCCGGACAAUCAAAUUAGCCCUACGAUAAAAACUGCGCCGUCAGUGCCAUUCCACAGAUCUGACAGUCAGAUGUCGAUUCCAUCUAGACCACCAUCUGGCAUGGGAAAUUAUGGAAAACAACCGGAUGCAGCACUGAAAACCUCACAUUCUCCGGCACCAGCAGUCCAAUCAAAUGAAAUUGUCUACAAGGAAAAGCACAUGAUAUCACCUGAAAAGCCCCUUAACGGAAUUGGAGCUGCAGAACGCAUGAAAACUCCUUCACCCGAGCAGGGAAAAUAUGUGAACAUCGACCAGAUCAAGCCUUCUAGUCGGACACCGUCAACGGACAACAUGAACCGCCCGAACAAACCGAUGGAUCUGCCGUCGUCACCUCGUCCACAGGUGACAGCACCACAAUCACAGCAACAACCUCCCACGGCGGUCUCAAUGGCCUCGAAACCUGGCAAACCACCACAGGCCACUCCGACCACACCCGGAACAGAGCGAGUAACUUUUGUUUUGCCCGAAGAAACAAACAGUGUACCAAAUUCAGAACCAUUGCGGAAGACACCCGUUCCGCCGAACAUUCUUAAAAAGCCCGACGCGGAAACGCGUGGCCGCAGCCCUUUUAAGAAUCACCUCUCCGUGGAGCGCAAUUAUUCGCCCGUAGAUAACAAAGGUGACAAUGACAGUGGAGUGGAUGAAUCAACUCAAGAAAAAGAACGAAAUGGUCCAACUUCUCCAGUAUCUCCAGUGAAAUCACCCAGCAAAAUCCCGUCACUGCGAAGACCAGAAAGCAUCACUCCCCAUAGCCGUUCCAGAAGCACAUCGAAGCAACGACUAACGGCCAAAACGCCAGAAACUCCAACCGAACCUUUGAUCAAAAAAAUACCAAUGAAUAAGAUUCAGGUCGGUGCUACUCCGUCGCCCAAUCUGAAGGUUGUUCGGUCCAAGAUUGGCUCGCUGGAAAAUGCAACCCACAAGCCGGGCGGUGGAAACGUUAAGAUAGAAACGAAAAAAAUUGAAAUUAAAGCUGGGUCCAGAAUCGAAGCCAAAAACGAGCACUACGUCCCGAAGGGUGGUGAUAAGAAGAUUAUCACAACCAAGCUGCAGUGGAACGCGAAACCCAAGAUUGGCUCGCUCGAAAAUGCCACCCACAAGCCAGGUGGUGGUGACAAACGAAUUGAGGUACUCAAAACGGACUUCAAGGAGCGUGCCCGACCCAAAGUAGGCUCGAAGGACAACUUGGGCUACCAGCCGGGUGGCGGCGAUGUUAAGCCUGGAAGUACCACCAUUGUUGAACAAAACAAAAGAGUCAUUAUCAAUCAAAAGCUGGAUAUCAAGGCGGAGAGCAAGGUGGGAUCGCUCGAAAACGUCAAGCACAAACCAGGAGGUGGCGAUAAGAAGAUCUUUGAUGACAGGGAGUAUCUGAAGCAGAUUGAUCAUCCCAUAAUUCCAACACCACCAUCGCAGAGUCCUACACCGGACGAUCUCAGCAUUAACGAAGCAAGCAGCGUAGAAGCAGAUGCACAUCAUUCAACAGUUACUACUACAAACACACAACUAACCAACUAAAUUUCACGCACCUUCGCUUUGUACCCGCAACAAGUAUAACAAUUAAGCCACCUGCAAUCUGCUAAGUUUUUUUAAACUUGGGCAUUUUCAUUUUUAAAUACGUAUUCUUGCAAAGUAACGGCUAGAAUUUAGUUAGCAAGUGUUGAUAUAGGUAACACAAUUUUGUAAAAUUUAAAACAUUUUCAAAUUUUGCUUAAUCACUCAAGAUCAUAUUAAAAAAAAUAUAUAAAAAAAUAAUGGCAUUAUAAAAACCAUUGUCACAGUAAAUCAUUAAUAUUUUUGUUAUAAAUCAAACCAUGCACUUAUAGAAACAAUCAUUUACAUUAUUUUUUGCAUGCUCCUAAUAUGUUUUACUUUUUUUCUACGCGUGAAUAAUUUCUGUUUGAUUUGUUCCUGGAAAAUUGACCUUUACUUGUUUAAUGUAGCCUUUCUAUUUAACAUUCCAACGCCAAAGGCUCCAAAAAAGUUGGAACGGUAACUUUAACUCGCUGGUUCUCGGGCAUAACUCAACCAAUCAAGAUGAUUCUUCUUUCCAGUGAUUUGUUAGGAUGUCUAGAUGAUUCUAGAACUUUGCAGCAAGGGUCCUGAUUUUCGGUUCAAUGAACAGAAACCACUCACUCAUCGCCUAUCCAGUCGUCGCCUAUUCUAACCCGCUAGCAUUCAUGAGCGAAUGAUACUCGCAAGCAGCCAGCGAGUGGCCCGAACUGUUCACUCAGCGAACAAAUACAUCGUGAAAAUUUUUGCCUACUCCGUCGCUCGACGACACUCACACACUACCAUGCUCAGCGAAGAGCCAUUCUCACAAAAUGCCAGCGCGGCAGUCUUUUUGUCUUCACGCCCUCAGUUUGCCAUCAAUUUGAUUUUUUCUUGGUGGAAGUUUCUUUGAAUGGUGUCUAUAAUGUUAUGAAAUCAAAAUAAAUGCACAAUUUAAUUGAUAACAUUGAUUUUAGGCAACCCAAAUGAAUGAGUAUAACGCAGCGCAUCAGAGAAAAAAUGUUUUUAGUUCAGAGUGAUCGGUGACGUUCGGCCUGCCUGAGCCGUUCGGAGACUGAGCCGAUCAGAGAGAGAAGGAGAGUAGAAGCGAGAGUGUUCGGGAGCGAAUGGUGAGAAAGUGACAAACAGUAGGAAUUCAUCAGGGCAGUAUCGCGUCGCCUGCUAUUUGUGCUCGCGAAUGGAGUGGUUGAUUUUGAACAAUCAGGACCCUUGCUUUGCAGAACUUAAUUUGAUCAAAUCUGUAAUUUUUGCGAUCAAAAACAUCGUUCCAACUUUUUUUUUCGCCUGUAAAAAAAAUUCGCCAAAAAAUCCGCGGAGGCAGUCGUUUUAAAAAAAGGUGGAACGAUGUUUUCGGUCGCAGAAAUUACAGUUUUGAUCAAAUCAAGUUUUGCAAAAUUUUAGGAUCGUCUAGACAUUCUUACAAAUCACUGAAAACAAGAAUCGUCUCGAUUGGUUGAGUAAUGCCCGAGAACCAGCGAGUUGAAGUUACCGUUCCACCUUUUUUGGGAGGCUUGGGCGUCCGUGUAAGUUGGACAUGCGUUGGGCGUUCCAGUGUUAAAAAGGACUCUGGUUGCUAGCAAUCUAGUUAUAUUGACAUUCGCAUCUAUACAUUUGUUCAUAACAGCGACAAGAUGGAAUACAACCUUACUUUUACUAUGUACUGUAUAUGAAGUGUUCUCGAUGGAAUUAAAUUGCAUUUUUUUUUUUGUUAGUUUAUCGAAUACAUGACAAUACAAAUUGGGUUAAGUAAAGAUCCUUUUUCGUAGUGUAAAACUAAGAUUUGUAGUUGUAUAUUUAUAAUAUCUUCAUUCAGAUUAUCACUUCUUUGUUUUAUAUUGUAACUUAUUUUGUCCCUGUUUUUGUUUGAGAAAGUAUUUGUUUGCUUAGCUGAAUUUUUUGAAAGGGUUUCAGCAAAUUCUUGGUUUUGUAUUUUAGUUUAUCAAUUAUCAUUUCUAUUUUAUUGUUUUUAUUUUUUUAU